AUAUAAGUGCAUCCCUCAAGUCAAAAGUGUGUAACAAACUACAUCAUGGGGUUCUGCAGAGGAGCUUAUGUUUUAGCUCUCAUCUCAUUCUUGUUCCUCCUCCCUGUGAUCCAUGGUUGGGGAGUUGAUGGACAUCUCACAGUUUGCAGGAUUGCUCAGGCACGUUUAACUGAAACUGCAGCAGCUGCAGUUAAGAAACUACUACCGGUUUCAGCUGAGGGCGAUCUGGGUAGUGAAUGUUCAUGGGCAGACCACGUGAAAUUCCGGUAUCACUGGUCAUCCGCUCUGCAUUAUAUCGACACGCCUGACAAUCUCUGCUCUUAUCAAUACACCAGGGACUGCAAAGAUGAAGAAGGCGUGAGCGGAAGGUGUGUAGCAGGGGCAAUCAACAAUUACACCAACCAGCUACUCACUUACAGCAAUGCUGCUGCUUCUCAGUACAAUCUAACGGAAGCUCUUCUCUUUCUCUCUCACUUCAUCGGAGAUAUUCAUCAGCCGCUUCAUGUAGGAUUUACUUCGGACAGGGGAGGAAACACAAUUGACGUUCACUGGUACACAAGGAAAACAGUGCUUCAUCAUGUUUGGGAUGACAGUAUAAUUGAUACAGCAGAAGAGAGGUUCUACGAUUCUGCUGUAGAAAGUUUAAUAGAUGCCAUUCAGAAGAAUAUAACGGGUGGAUGGAAAGACCAAGUCUCAACAUGGGAGAAUUGUGGCGGUAAUAAGCCAACUUGCCCAGACAUAUAUGCUACUGAGGGCAUUAAAGCAGCUUGUGAUUGGGCAUACAAAGGUGUCAGUGAAGGUUCGGUACUAGAAGAUGACUACUUCCUUUCACGUUUACCAAUUGUCAAUUGGCGAUUAGCUCAAGGUGGAGUUCGACUGGCAGCCACACUAAACAGAAUAUUUGGAUGAGAGUAGAUUUUAUUAGUCAGUAAAGCAACUAAAAAGAGUUCUAUCUAUGGAACCUAAAGCUUCAGUCAUGGCGCUAUCUGCUUUUUUCUCAUAUCUGUACUGUGGUAAAACUUUAUAUUAAACAAUAUAGUUGAUUCAAAA